AUGGCGCAAGCAAUCACCAUAUACGAAUCUCCUUACCCGGACAUGCUCAUACCAACUGAUGUGUCCAUGUCGGAGUAUAUGAUCCGCAGCAACCCAGACGAUGUUGCCGAUGAUAAGGUCAUCUUUUCAGACCUCGAGGAGCCGUACGAUUCGGUGACUUAUGCUGGGCUGCGUGAAGACACCGCCAAAAAUGCUGCUUGGCUGCAGAGUAUAGGCUUGCAACCUGGAGACACCGUAGCUAUGUACGCAACGAACAGCCGACCCAUACCACCGUACGCUGUUACUGAAGAUAACCGCAAAGUGCCAGCAGUCUUGCUUUUCAGCUCGGGCACCACUGGCAAGCCAAAGGGCGUGCUUCUCAGCCAUCAUAAUAUGAUUGGGCAUCUUCUUGGGCCUCGCAGCGGCAGUUACGAGACGAUAGGCCACCACACUAUAGAAGUGUUCUAUCCACCACUGGCGCAUAUGUUUGGAAUCGUCGGUGCUGUCUUCCCCGGAGCUUACAAUGGCUCCCACACUGUCCUCAUGCGACAGUUUGACUACCGCAAAUGGAUAACUGCUUGCGCAAAGAUCAGAGCCACAAGCUUGAAGUCAGUGCCCGCGAUCGCAGUGAUGAUUACCAAGGAUCCGGAGAUUCUCAGCGGCAAACUCGAUCUGACGAGCGUCCAGUAUCUACUGUGCGCGGGGGCUGCAUUGCAGCAAGAGGUUGUAGCAUCUCUACAGCAACUUCUUCAGGGAGUGAGUAUUGUUCAAGGUUUCGGAAUGAGUGAGACUGCUCUUUCCUUCUUGCGCCCACACAGGUCGGUGGAGAAACGCGGCAGUGUUGGAAAGCCAUUCCCCAGUGUGAAGCUCCGAAUCGUUGAUGAUCAGUAUCGCGAUGUUCCUCGCAACACUCCCGGACAAGCACUCGUCAAGGGCCCAACUGUCUUCAUGGGAUACCGUGACAACGAAGCCGCAACAAAAGAGAGCUUCCGCGACGGUUGGCUGUGUACAGGCGACGUUAUAGCCAUUGACGACGACAACUUCCUUUGGUUCAAAGACCGAAAGAAGGAGAUGAUCAAAUACAAGGGCAAUCAAGUUGCACCUGCCGAGCUCGAGGAUCUUCUGAACUCACAUCCCGCCGUCGCCGAAGCUGGUGUGUGCGCUGCUUGGGACAAAGAGAAUCAGACAGAGAUUCCAACCGCUUAUGUAGUGUUGAACCCGACCAAGAAGCAAGCGGACACAAGCGAGAUUCUCGCGGACAUCCGGAAAUUCGUCGAUACGCGUGUUACUGGCUACAAGAAGCUCCGUGGUGGUGUACAUGCUAUCGCAGCACUUCCCAAGAACGUUACAGGCAAGCUUGUGCGUGGAGAGCUCCCUGCACGCAAAGAAAUGGAAAAGGCGUUCGCUGCACCGAAGGCGAAGCUGUAG